AUGCAGCUCACAGCAACUCUCGCGGCCUCCGUGGUGAUGCUCGCCGGCCUCUCGGCAGCGGCCCCACUCGAACGCCGAGCUUUCAGUGCGGAACUCCCGAUCAGCCCGGAGCAGAUCAAGGUCGUGGAAGAAGAAGCGCGAGGAACGCUCCCCAAUUCUGCACCGCCGCCCAAGCUGGAGCCGAGCAGCUUGACAGCUUUCCAGCUCAUUCAGUUUAACGAACAAUUCGAGGUCGCCUUCUUCACUUCGAUGCUCGAGAACGUCACCAAUGGAGGACCCGGCUGGGACACGACCGAGAAGGACAGGAUGGUCGACGCACUGAAGGUUGUGGUUGCUCAAGAAAAGCUCCAUGCGCUCGACGCCAAGGGUGUCUUGGACAACUUUAAGGCUUUUUCGCCGCCGCCGUGCAAGUACCAGUUCCCGACGAACAGCUUGAAAGAGGCCGUGGCCCUCGCCGAAACCUUCACCUCUGUCGUCCUCGGCACUCUUCAGGAUGCGAAUCAGCUUUUGGCAAAGAAUGGCGACGCCGGUCCCGUCCGAGCCAUCAGCGCCGUCAUCGGCCAGGAAGGCGAGCAGAACGGCUUCUAUCGCAGCAUCCUCUCGCGCCCGCCCUCGUCGCAGCCCUUCCUCACGACGUCCAUCGCGCCCUUUGCCUUUUCGGCGCUGCAGUCUUUUGUUGUCAAGGACUCGUGCCCGUUCAAAAUGAAUCAGAUCAACAUCCCAACCUUUGCACCGUUGAACGUUAUGCAAAUGCAGGGCGGAGAAAUCGAGGCCAAGACGCAGAUGCUCAACUUUGAAGUAGACUUGCGGGAGAUUGUCACCGCCGGCCGCUUCCUCGGCAAGGACAAGGCACCUCUGUUCGUCACCUAUCUCAGCGGACUCAACGUCCCUCUGAGCGUGCCCGUCGCCAACCCGCAGUGGGAUGGCGCAAAGAUUGCGUUCUCGGCCGAGUUCCCCUUUGACACCAAUAGCAUGUACGGCCUGUCCAUCGCGGCGUUGACGUACGAGGGCAAGUUUACCAACCCUGAUGACAUUCCAAAGGCGACCCUGGCAGGUCCCGGAUUGAUCCAGGUCAACAAAUAA